AUGUUGCGAACACUAUCCUUGGCACUCCUUGCUGGGCUUGUCACAACGACCUCGCUUCAUGGACGUCAAGGACGGGAACCUUGUGCUGAGCUGAAUGAUGAUAUCAGAGGAUAUGUACCUGCUGAGAUUGCUCUGGCAUGUUUACGAUCCAUACCAUUACAGCCUGAGCAAAGGCUACGAAGGCAACUUGCUGGACUUCGAUCGAUUGUUCAGUUUCAAAGCGACUUGGAAUACCUCAACAGCGGCGACGACUUUCCCGCACGUCUGUACCCGAAUGUGGAUGUUCUGGGUGGUUUGGACACUCUAGAGGAUCGGAUCACUGAUGGCUUUUACGGAAAUGAAUAUGAUUUCCAGCUGGAUAUUAGCAGGCUGUUUGCAUCGGCGUAUGAUGGCCAUUUUGCAUAUGUUGCGGAUAUUGUGGAUGUUUUCAAUUUUCAACGAAGAGCGGAUGGGAUGGCCUACCGUUUGAUUUCCGUGUCGGAAGAUGGUACCACACUGCCGGAAGUCUACGCAGCAAGUGAUGGGGCAGCGUUGGCUAGCGGAGCAGGCUAUGAGCCAUCUUCCAUUUCUGAGAUCAAUGGCCAGAGUGCGGAUGACUUCCUCAAUAUGGAAGCUUCCUUGACUGGAGUAUUCCAAGACCCGGAUGCGAAUUUCAACAGGUUGUUCCAGCGAACAUAUGCCCAAGGAACUGCUGGUGGUGCAUUCGCGAUACCAGGGACUCCAUUCUUUGGAUCGGCAGAUGAUACUGAGCUUACCUUUCGUAACGGAUCAACACAGACUUUGCAGAUGGUGGCCGGAACGACUCUCAACCUGAGAGGUGUCUCCAAUGCGGAUGACUUCUUCCAGAGAUGCUGCAGCGGGAACCCAGUCAUUGAAGAGUUCUCCACAGUUCUGGAGCAGAUUGAGCUGAUCUCCGAGAUGAAACUGGAGGAGUCGUCGAAGAAGCGACUCAAGGCUCUCGUGGGACCGAAGAUUGCGCACGAUGUAUCCAAAUCUACUUUGUUCUCGACUUCCAUCGCAGGAUCACACGUCAUCAGACAGGCUGAUAUUGUUGAACCCGACCCGAUGUCAGAUCCUGUAAUCAGUACGGAAGAUGGAUCCUUGAUUGGGUAUUUCCCUGAAUCUGAAUCCGACUUGGCUAUCCUCGCUUUGACGACGUUUGCAGUUGGGUUGCCCACCAGCAAUAGUACAAUGGCUGGGUUCGAUCAGCAGGCAGUGGAGGAUUUCCAGAUUGCUCUGGAGUCGUUUCUCGAUGAGGCGAGCGAUGCUGGAAGAAGCCGACUCAUCAUCGACCUUCGAGGGAAUCCGGGCGGGUUGGGUUUCCUGCCUCACCAGGUCUUUCGCCACCUAUUCCCUACCACAGAGCUCCCUUACCAAGGAAGCAAUCUCAGAGCGCAUGAUCUGUUGGACUUUGCUGGGCAAACGAUUACGGACUUCUUCUCCACCGACGUGUCGGCCACUUUCGAGGAGCUUCGUCCGACGGUUGGAGUCUUUGCCUUUGAUGCAGCCCAGCAAUUGGACGAGUCCAACUCGACAUUCGAUUCAUGGUCAGACUUCUUCGGCCCAGUCCAGGUCCCAUCCGUCGACGGAGAUUUCACAGCUACUGCCGGGACCAACUACUCUGAUCCGGAGCAGACUCAGCCGAUUGACCUGGCCACACCCUUGAGAUCUCGACAGCAAGUUUUUGAAGCGGAGAACAUUGUUUUACUUCAAGAUGGAGCAUGUGCCUCAGCUUGUGCACUCUUUACUGAAUUCAUGAAGACYAGUGCACCAGACGGUCCUGUCCGACAAGUCGUGACUGGUGGAAGAUCUCAAACAGGACCAAUGCAAGGAGUUGGAGGUGUGAAAGGCGGUCAACUGGCUCCAAUGUUGCAGCUUGGCAUAAUCCUCCUUUCCGGAAUCACGAUUACCCCUCAGACAUUGACCGACUUCCGCGAUGGAUUUGGACGUGAUGCGAUUCCUGAAUUUGUGGAAGCUCUCAACCGGAGUAGUACUGUAUCUGCUGCUGUCAACUAUCGGAACUCGAUUCGAGAGAAUGAUGAGAGUGUGACCCCGCUGCAGUACAUUUWUGAGGCCGCCGAAUGCCAAAUCUUCUACACGCCGAGAAUGAUGGCCUCCCCAGAUGCCGUGUGGCAGAGGGUGUAUGAGGUGGCAUUUGGUGGCCAACAAGAUACCUGUGUGGAAGGAUCGACUGGACAUCCCUCCGCUGGCGGUGGAACAGACUUUGGUAUCAACGUUCCGGACGAUGCAGCCAGUAGUGUUGGCCUCACUCUCAGCAAUGUCAGCGAUGUCAGGAGUGGUGGCGGUAGUGGUAACAGUGGCGGUCAGGGGUCGGGAGAAGAGUCUGAAGAAGGUGACAAUGAGGAGAGCGGCGCAGUAAUAGCAAAGACCUCGGCUGCGGGUAUUCUGGUGGCUCUCGUGGCUUGCUUGCUGGCGUAG